UUGCAAAAGCUUCAUUAGUUCUCAUGAUUAUUGAGUUCGAUUCUUGUCGAUAAAAUAAGUUUAGAUUCGGAGACCGGACACGACGGUACCGGUGCUUGAAGCAAUUAUUUAUUACGAUUAAAUUCAAUAACAUUUCCUCUAUUUGCCUUGGGUGUGUUAAAUAUAGUUACUGCUUCUCAAAUAGAAUAUAAAAGUAAAAGUGAAGUUUGCUUAACAAUUGAAGUUUUCACUCAAAAAAAUAUAAAUCUUACUCAAAAUGCAUGUUUGUAACAGUGGAGACCUAAAAUUAGAUGCUGCAGUAGAAGGAUGGCUUAAAAUAGAUAAGAACCCAGAGACACGGAAGGAGGUCCUCGACGACAUAUCUAACUCGCGAUGGGACAAGCUCCGUGGCAGCAUGCUGAAGCGGCAGAAAUUCGGCACGGCGGGGCUCCGUGGCCGCAUGGGCGCCGGGUACUCCGGCAUGAACGACGUCGUCGUGCUGCAGACUGCGCAGGGUUUUUGCUCUUACAUCCAGAAGGAAUGCCACCAGAGUCAAUUGCACAAUGGUAUCGUCAUCGGAUACGACGGCCGAUAUAAUAGCAAACGUUUCGCUGAAUUGACCGCUCGGGUGUUCGUCUCCGCGUCGAUCCCGGUACACCUGUUCUCUGCUGUAUGCCCCACGCCGCUCGUGUCCUUCGCCACCAUCCUAUAUGGCGUGGCGGGCGGCGUCAUGGUCACAGCCUCGCACAACCCCAAGGAGGACAACGGGUACAAGGUUUACUGGGGCAAUGGAUCUCAAAUAACAGCUCCCCAUGACCAACACAUACUGGAUGAAAUAUUGCAGUGUUUGGACAUACCCGACUCGCACUGGGUGACAGACGGCGUGCGCGACCACAAGCUCGUGACGGACUGCCUGUCCGAGGUGACGGAGCGGUACAUGCAGUACAUUGCGGACAGCGUGGGCGCGGAGCAGCGCGCUACCAACGCGAAGGCGGCAGUGGACACCGUGUACAGCGCCAUGCACGGCGUCGGAUACGAUUACGUGCUGAAGGCGUUUGGGGCGGCCUGCCUGAAGCCGCCAAUCAGCGUGCCCGAGCAGCAGGACCCGAACCCCGAUUUCCCCACCGUGGUGUUCCCUAACCCCGAAGAGACAGAGUGUUUGGAGCUCAGCAAGAGACUGGCGGAGGAGAAACGAGCCAGGCUGGUCCUGGUCAAUGACCCCGAUGCUGACCGGCUGGCCGUCGCAGAGUUUGACCGGAGUGCGAAGAAAUGGAAAGUAUUCUCCGGCAACGAGAUGGGUGCUUUACUCAGCUGGUGGCUGCUCAGACACGCAACGGGUGAUGGUGAUGACCGAUACGUCAUCACCAGCAUCGUUAGCUCCAAGAUGCUGCGCGCCAUCGUCAAGGGCCGCGGGCAGUUUGUGGAGACACUCACGGGCUUCAAGUGGAUGGGUAACACAGCUCUACUGCUGAUGCAGCAAGGCAAGAAUCCACUGUUCGCGUUCGAGGAAGCCAUCGGUUACAUGUGCUCUCCGCGUGUGCCAGACAAGGACGGAGUCUCCGCCGCCGUGCAUGUGGCCUCCCUCGCAUCGCACCUGUACUCGUCAGGAUCAUCUCUAGGCGAACAGCUGCAGGAGCUCUACCGCGAGUACGGCUACCACGUGUGCCUCAACGGCUACUUCAUCUGCCACGACCAGGCCGCCAUACACGACAUAUUCGCCAGGAUCAGGAACUACCAUGGACCGGCUGAGUACCCGAAAAAAGUGGGAUCAUGUGAGAUCGUGUCUGUCAACGACUUCGCGGCUGGCGUCAAAAUUCCCGAAGAAAGCACGGAAAACCGGCAGCUAAACGUCCUAGGCACAGGCUUGGACCAGGACUACACGAGCGGUGAAAUGGUGAUCCUGCAGUGCAGCAACGGGCUCGGGGUCAUCGUACGCACCAGCGGCACUGAACCCAAGCUCAAGUACUACACCGAGCUGGUCUGCAAAGCUGACACGCUGCAGGAACAAGAACAAAUGAACGCCAAACUGAAGGUGAUGGUAAAGGAGUUCAUGGAGGAGCUGCUGCAACCGCGCCAACAUGGCUUGAUCGGAGAAAUCGCUUAAAAGUUUAUCAACGAGGCGCCGCCUUGUAUUAUUAAUACAACAAUUUUCUUGUGAUACGAUUGAACCAAAAACUACUUGAUCUUGUUAACCUCGAAUAGUCUUCGCAUUUUGAUGAUGUUUUAAGCAUUCCACAACAUUU